AUGCCAUCUCAAGAUCAAUCAUCUCCUUUAAUCUAUCUCUAUCCUUUGAAAAAUGAUGGUAUUGCCGGUCAUAAUGGGAGAAAACGUAUAGUUUUCUUAUUAUUCUCACUAUCGUUCUUAUUAUUGUUGGCUUCUUCAGUUACUAUAUUUAACGAUAAUUCGUUAUAUUCAAGUAUUGCUAAAAAAAAUCUGAAUACAACAAAAAAUAAAAAGAAUUUGAUUUUCUUCGUCACUGAUGGUAUGGGCCCUGCUUCUUUAUCCAUGGCAAGGUCUUUCUAUCAAUUCGAAAAAAAUCUACCUUAUUACAACAUUCUUCAUCUAGAUCAUCAUUUAAUUGGUUCUUCAAGAACAAGAUCAAAUAGUUCGUUAGUCACCGACUCCGCUGCUGGUGCAACUGCUUUCAGUUGCGGUUUGAAGUCUUACAACGGUGCCAUAGGUGUGGACCCUUUCAAAAAUCCUUGUGGCACAAUUUUGGAAGCUGCAAAACUAAGUGGAUAUUCAACAGGCUUAGUGGUCACUACAAGAUUAACUGAUGCUACACCAGCUUCCUUCAGUUCCCACGUAGACUACCGUGUUCAAGAGGAUCAAAUUGCUUUACAACAAUUAGGCCAUUACUCCUUAGGUCCAAUGGUAGACCUAUUAAUGGGAGGUGGAAGAACUCAUUUCUAUACCGGCAUAAAUAAAUUCGGUUCUUUUGGUUCCCGUAAGGAUAACAGAAAUUUAAUUAAGGAAUCCAUCGCUAAUGGUUGGUCCUACGCAGGUUCAAGAAAUGAAUUCGAUUCUUUAAAACUUGGUGAAAACGUCACUUUGCCUUUCUUGGGUUUGUUCGCUGAUUAUGAUAUUCCUUUCGAAAUCGAUAGAGAUCCACAUAAAUUCCCAUCGUUAUAUGAACAAACUGUCACCGCUUUAACUGCUUUGAGUAAACAUACUGAAAACUCUGAUAAAGGUUUCUUUAUCAUGAUUGAAGGUUCAAGGAUCGAUCAUGCUGGCCAUCAAAAUGAUCCUGCCGCUCAAGUAAGAGAAGUCUUAGGUUUUGAUGACGCAUUUAGAGCAGCUAUAGAGUUUGCUAAUAAUUCGGAUGUUGAAACUGUAAUCAUUUCAACUUCAGACCAUGAAACUGGUGGUUUAGUUACUUCAAGACAAGUUACAAAAGAAUAUCCUGAAUACGAGUGGUUCCCAAAAGUUUUAUCAAAUUCAAAACAUUCAGGGGAAUAUUUAAAGAAGAAACUAGUUUAUCAUAACUUUAAUGGAGAUCUUCUUGCUAAGAGAAAUUAUAUUAAGAAUGAUAUCUUUGAAAGUGGUUUAGGUAUUUUUGACUAUACAGAAAAUGACAUCAAUGAAAUUUUAGGUUUUAUCGAUGACAAUGAUAUUCAAGAUAAAUUGAAUGAAAUGGUUUCUGUUAGAGCAGAAAUCGGUUGGACCACCCAUGGUCAUUCAGCUGUCGAUGUUAAUAUUUACGCCUAUGCAAAUAGAGAAAAAGCUUGGUUUAACAUUUUAUCUCAUUUGCAAGGUAAUCACGAAAAUAUUGAAAUUGGAAAAUUUAUGGCAGAUUAUUUAGACCUAGAUUUAGAUCAUGUUACAGGCUUAAUUAAAGAUGUCGAUCAUUCUCCACCUAGUGUUAUUAAGGAAGAAUUAGAAUCAGGCAUUGCUAUGGCAGAUGAAUAUCAUAAAGUCAAUUAUCAAUCAGAAUAG